AAUAUACUCUCUCCCACUUGCUGCCCUCUCUUCUCACCAUUUCUACUCUGUUUACAAGGAAAGCAGAGCAAAGUAAAGAAGAAGAAGAAGAGCUCAUGGAAGGAAAGAAGCCAAAGAAAAUAUGAUAUGCUCUUUUCUUCUUCUUUGCUUCCCUCCUUGUUCAAUGUCAUGAGAGUCUGUAAAUGAGUUUCUCAAUAUCCCUCUGACCCACUAUUAAUUAAUGGCAGCAGUAUCGGCAGCAGAGUCUCCUCCAGAGAUCUUUCCGUGGCUCAAAACCCUACCUUUAGCUCCCGAAUACCAUCCUACCGUUGCAGAAUUCCAGGACCCUAUCGCGUACAUUCUCAAGAUCGAGAAAGAAGCGUCCAAGUUUGGCAUCUGUAAGAUCGUUCCUCCGCUUCCACCACCGCCGAAGAAAACCGCAAUUGCCAACCUCAACCGCUCCCUCGCUGCUCGAAGCCCUAACUCCAACCCGAAAUCACCACCUACAUUCACCACCAGGCAGCAGCAGAUCGGGUUCUGUCCCCGGAAGUCUCGACCCGUUCAGAAACCCGUGUGGCAGAGUGGAGAGACCUACACUCUUCAGGAAUUUGAAGCCAAAGCCAAACAGUUCGAGAAGACCCAUCUGAGGAAAACUGGGAAGAAGGCGCUCUCACCGUUGGAAAUCGAAACCCUUUUUUGGAAGGCGAGUGUGGACAAACCCUUUUCGGUGGAGUAUGCCAAUGACAUGCCUGGCUCAGCCUUUGUGCCGGUUAAUGGUAAGAAAUGGAGGGAAUCAGGGGAAGCCACUACAGUUGGAGAUACAGCGUGGAAUAUGCGAGGUGUUUCGAGGGCUAAAGGUUCAUUGUUACGGUUUAUGAAGGAGGAAAUACCUGGUGUGACUUCGCCUAUGGUGUAUAUAGCAAUGAUGUUCAGUUGGUUUGCCUGGCAUGUGGAAGAUCAUGAUUUGCACAGUUUAAACUAUUUGCAUAUGGGGUCAGCGAAGACUUGGUACGGAGUGCCGAGGGAAGCAGCUGUUGCUUUCGAGGAAGUUGUCCGAGUCCAUGGAUAUGGAGGAGAAGUCAAUCCUCUUGUUACUUUUGCUAUUCUUGGUGAGAAGACCACAGUGAUGUCACCUGAAGUACUCGUCAGUUUAGGGAUUCCAUGCUGCAGAUUGGUGCAAAAUGCGGGGGAGUUUGUUGUCACUUUCCCAAGGGCAUAUCAUUCAGGGUUCAGCCAUGGAUUUAAUUGUGGAGAGGCAGCAAAUAUUGCUACUCCUGAAUGGUUGAAGGUUGCAAAAGAAGCUGCAAUUCGUAGGGCUUCAAUAAAUUAUCCUCCCAUGGUGUCUCAUUUUCAGCUUCUCUAUUCUCUUGCACUAGCAUUAUGUUCAAGCAUACCUACAAGCAUUGGUACUGAACCUCGGAGCUCUAGACUAAAAGAUAAGAAGAGGGGUGAAGGGGAUGCUAUGGUUAAAGAGCUAUUUGUGCAAAAUAUCAUGCAUAAUAAUGACCUUCUUCAUAUUCUUCUGGAGAAAGGUUCCUCAUGUGUACUUCUUCCACAUUCUUCAGAUAUGUCUGUAUGCUCAAAUUUGCGUGUUGGUUCCCAGAAAAAGGUAAAACCCCGAUUGCCACUUAGCUUGUGUAGUCCUGAUGAAACAAUGGAAGCUUCGAAAGAUUUACUUUCAGAGGAUGCCAUGCGAGAAAGAAAUGCACAUCUAAGGCAUUUGAGUGGUUUCUAUUCAGUGAAAGGAAAAUCUUCGUCUGUCUAUGGACAGAAAAGCCUUCAUGCAUUAUGUGGGAAUGAUGAUCUUUGCAGUUCCACUACAGAAAAGCAGAGCACAGAUACUGAAAGAGAAAGUAAUGUGAAAGGUGAUGGAUUAGUAGACCAGGGGCUAUUUUCAUGUGUGACAUGUGGGAUUUUGACCUUUGCAUGUACAGCUAUCAUUCAGCCUAGAGAGGCGGCUGCUCAGUACCUCAUGUCAACUGAUUGUAGCGUCUUUAAUGAUUGGAUUGUUGGUUCUGAAGUAACUAGUGAUAGAUAUACUGUUUCAGUUGGAGAUGCAAGUAUGACUGGGUUGAAUUCCUGUUCAGAUAUUAAUUCCAUACCUACUUUUUCAUACACAGGACAAAUGGGGAAGGGUGGUCUGUAUGAUGUCCCAGUCCAGUCUGGUGAUUACCAAUUUGAAGUGGCAGGUGGAAGUAGUAAAGUUGCUGCAGAUGCUGAAGCUCAGAAAGGCAUUUCCUCCCUCGAUCUAUUAGCAGUUGCCUAUGACUCAUCAGACUCUGAAGAUGAUCAGGACAAAACUGAGAAACCUGUGUUUUCUGACGAAAAUGAUUUUAGAGACUCUUCAGGAGAACUUGGAUCUGCACAAUCAGACCCCCCAUCUAAACAUAAAUCACCUCUUUUGCCUGAGCCAAACCACAAGGAUGAAGCAACCAGCAAUACAGUAAGUUAUGUGAAUGAAGUUUCUGUUCAAGAUUAUGCUUCAGAAAGGACUCCUGGACGACCAAGUGCUACUUUCAUGAAUAAUCAACAAAGUAUUGAUAUCCCACUUGAGAGUGACAGAGAGAAUUUAGUGACCUUGGAAUCGAACAAUUCAGAUGAUACAUACAGGGAUCCACUUGCACUUUCUAGGAGGGUUGUAAGUAGAUCUGUUGAAACUUGUUACAGAGAUGGAAAGUUGGAGAAUUCAGAGUCCGGUCCUCAAUAUAGGCCUUCUACUUCCUCAAAUGCUAUCUCAAACUGUCUCCCUCUUGCUAAUUUGGCUGAAAGAGCUGAGUUCAGUGAUGCUGAUAAAUCGGUAAAGGGCAAAGCCAGUUCACUGAUGCAAAGGCCUGAUAGUGAUUCUUCUCGAUUGCAUAUAUUCUGUCUUGAGCAUGCUGUGGAAGUUGAAAAGCAACUUCAUCCCAUAGGUGGAGUGCAUGUUUUACUUCUGUGUCAUCCAGAGUAUCUGAAGGUAGAAGCAGAAGCAAAAUUGUUAGCAGAAGAAAUGGGAAUUGAUUAUAUAUGGAAGGAUGUUCCAUUCAGGGAGGCCACUGAAGAAGAUCAGCAGAGAAUCCGUUUGGCCCUUGAUGAUGAUGAAGUUAUUCCCACUAAUGGGGACUGGGCUGCCAAGUUAGGAAUCAAUCUGUAUUACAGUGCCAUUCUCAGCUACACUCCUUUCUACAGCAAACAGAUGCCAUACAAUUCAGUCAUAUACAAGGCAUUUGGACGGAGUUCUCCAGUCAACUCUCCAACAAAACCAAAGGUUUCUGGGAAGAGGCCUGGCAAGCAGAAGAAGAUACUUGUUGCGGGCAGAUGGUGUGGGAAGGUCUGGAUGUCGAACCAGGUUCAUCCCUUUUUAGGUCAAAUAGAUGACUAUGAAGAAGAACUUGCAAAAAGCUAUUCCACAGGAGCAAUGCCAAAAGAAAAGCCAGAGAGGAAACUAGACAUUAACUGCCAGGAAAAACCGGAUUUUUCAGAGAAGAAAUCCUCAGGUGGAAUAAACACUAUGGUAGCCAAAAAGUCUGGACGGAAGAGGAAAAGAUUUGAGAAGGGAGCAAUCAAGAAACAGAAAUGUCUGCAAAGAGAGAACCAUAAAGCAACUGUAGAUGAGCCACCUGAACCUGAUACACCGUCUGGUGUGAAGAAUCUCAGAACAGUCAGAAGUGGACAGAUGAGACAAGAGACCAUACGGCAUCGUAAUGAUUGUGAAAAUAACAUCAGAUGGGAGGAUUCAUAUGAGAAGGAUGACCUUGAAGGUGGACCCAGCACACGCCUAAGAAAGAGACCACCGAAGAAGCCCUCUAGAGAAGUGAAGGAGAUGAUGCAUGAGAAGCAAACAAAGAAGAAAAAAGCCAAGAAAGCUCCAAGUAAUAAUGAAAUAGAUAUGAAAGAUGAGGAAGCAGAAUACCAGUGUGAUAUGGAGGGAUGCACAAUGGGUUUUAGCUCAAAGCAAGAGCUGGUGUUGCACAAGCGCAACAUCUGCUCGGUAAAAGGUUGUGGGAAGAAAUUCUUCUCCCACAAGUAUCUGGUGCAGCACAGGCGUGUCCACAUGGAUGACCGCCCCCUGAAAUGCCCAUGGAAGGGGUGUAAGAUGACGUUCAAGUGGGCAUGGGCACGGACUGAGCACAUAAGAGUGCACACUGGUGCCCGGCCUUACGUUUGCCAUGAACCAGGCUGUGGUCAAACAUUUCGGUUUGUGUCAGAUUUUAGCCGUCACAAGCGGAAGACUGGCCACUCGGUAAAGAAGGGUAAGGUAUAGGAGAACCUGAGGAACACAAAGGGCUGUAACAUAACAUUGGCUGAUUAAUACUGUUGUUCCAUUCCAUUGACAGGGGUAGAGAUAGAUAGAUGGUUAGAGUUGGAAUCAAUCAAGGAUUCUCUGUAAUUUUUUUUGUAUUUUCUGCCCCUCUUUUUUCUUUCCUCAAAGAUGAGUGGAUGACACUCUGAAUCUGUUUUGUGGGGUCUUCAUUGGGCCCGUUAAUUUACUUAAACCAGAUAAAUUAUUUCCAUCCAAAACAGAUAUAUUCCAAAUGAUGAAAUGGGUUGGGAGUUGGGACUCUUGGGAUGGUCA